AUGCGUGUGUUCUGCCUCGUGCUUUUAGUUGCUGCAGUUUUACAGCUGCAUUUACCGAAGCCGCUUCACUCGAAGACAUUGAUCCGCUCGCAAGAAGGUCAAAUCGAAAAUGACUCGCAUCGGUCACUGAGAGUCGAUCCAGCAAAAGAAGUGGCCGAAGAAGAAGAGAGGUUCAAGGUUCCAAUCGUGGACAAGAUCACCAAGUACCUGAUCCAGAAGAUGCUCGACUACUGUCUGUAUCGAAACAAGGAUCCUAAGCAAGUUUGGGGCAUACUGAGGCUGAACGGAUACAAGGGUAGGGCGCACCUAAAGCCCAGACACAAGUACUAUCGCACAUAUCUGGCCAUGUGGAAAGACAAGAAGGCCAAGGAGGCCGCCAAGAAUGCGGCCAACUUCGCUUAG